GACGGUACGUCACUGGAAAGUCCACUAUGUCUCCAUAACACCAGUGUUUACAGCCAGGACGUGUUGUUGGAAGAGAAACCUAUGACUACCUGUGAAUAAAGACAAUGCCAUUGAACGUAUGUCUUAAAUAUUUUCCAGAAGUCUGGCUGCCAUCGCAACCAGAUUUGAAAGUAGUAGUUCAAAAUGGCGGCAAAACAAGACUUCAAGGAAAAUGAAGAGGAAGCCAUUGGCGCCCAUAAUGAGUUGGCCUUGUAUCUGGACGAUAGUCUUAAGGAGGAAGAGUUCAUUAAGUUGAAGAAUCUGUUUAAGCGUUGUCCUCUUACUUCAAGACAACAUGAGAAUAUUAAAACUAUGGCAGAUCUAUUUCAACAACUUGAGAACGAUAAAAAAAUUAGUGUUGGAGACUACAAGUUUUUUAAAGAAAAAUUGAAAAAAAUUCAUCCUAGCCUUGCUACUGAAAUGCAAGAAAAGGAGAAACGGAUUCAAGAUAUCCUGAACGGAGGUCCAUCACCAGCUAAAGCACAGAAGACGGGAGACGAAAACCAAAAGCAAUCUCCAGCUGAACAGAAAUCCAUGGCAAUGGAUAUCAGGGAACUCACUGUCCGACAAGAAACCUUAGCAGUCAAUCAAGAAACCAUGGUAGCCAGUCAGGAAACUAUGGCAAAAGAAAAACAUGAGAUACAAGAUAUCCAUGCUGAUCUAAAACCAUUGAUAGUCUCAGCAAUAUAUAGGAUCAAAAAAGAAAAAGAGGAGAAAAAAUUCCUUCAGACCAACGCUUUCCGUGAUUCUCAAGACAAGCUCCGAAAGAACAGGGUUUUAGUCAUCAAGGGAAACACAGGAGAUGGCAAAACUUCUACUGCCAUUCAACUCCUACACUGGCUGAUAAAUGAGCAGCCAUCCAGACAACCCCUUCAGCUUCAUGACAUUAAGGAUUUAAAAUUAAUCACUCCAAAUUCGAAUCUUGUUACUUUCAUCGAUGAUGCUUUUGGUGAGAAAGAUGUUGGUAAAAUUGAUGUUCAAGACUGGAGCAAAAGGCUCGAACAUGUAAAAACACUUUUUGUUGAUACACAAAUCCAUGCUAAUUUUCUGCUAAUUACAAUUCGUAAUGAAAUAUUUAAUUCUUUGACAAAGUCUUCAUUGGGAGCUGUUUUCAGCGAAGAUAACAUCAUUGAUCUGAGCUCACACAGGUACAUAAAUGCAGUGGAAAAAAGAAAACUUUUACAGAUGUAUACGCCAGAAAAAUUUGCAUGGACAGCGGAAGAAAUGAAGAAAGUAAUAAGUUAUUCACCAAAUAUUGGUUUCCCACAAUGUUGUCAGCUUUUCUGCAAAUCUGUGAAAUUGCAAGAAAGACGAGUUAAGUUUUUUGAGAAACCUUUCCAUUUUUUUAUGGAUGUAUUAUUGAAGCUACCAGAAUGUUCUGCCAUUUUGUUUCUCUUCUUGAAUGAUGGAAAAAUAAAGAAAAAAGAUCUAGACCCAAAUGGUAAUAAAGUAAACAAAGCUUUGUUGGAGGAAGCAUUUGAUAUCAGUUUAUUUGGUGGUGAGGAUGACAGAACUACUAUGACAUUUAAAAAAAAAAUACGAUUUGUGCAAGAUAGUUUAGACAAAUUACUAGGAUUUUUGGUGAGGAAGGGGAAAGAUUGGUUGGGUGAUGAAGUGUACAGAUUUGAUCAUGAUUCCAUAUACGUCACAGUAGCUCUUUUGUAUGGAAAAAACACAACGUUUGGUUACAUACAAAAUUGUCCUGUACAAUCCCUCUGUUAUCUCACAAUCUCAAAAACAUCUUCAAACAUGGUUGCCAUAUCAUCCGAUCAUUAUCUAUAUAUGUGUGAACGUUUCCUUCGAGAGUUUGAGAGUGAGAAAUGGCACUUUAACGCCACGAUUAUGUCUCUAGAUGUAUGGAAAGAUCAUGUAUUUGUUAAAAGAUUUGUGUUGUUUUUGAAUGAGAAAAAAAUUGACAAACUUGGUUUGUUUAAUAAUUCAUGUCAUUCUGCUUCAGUAGAUUGUGCUUUAUACCUUCUGUCUGAGGGAGUCAAACCUGACGAGGGUACACAAUGGUGGCCAUUGAUUACAAGAGGUGUAUGGGCUGAUAAGGGUGAUGUGGAUAUCCUUAAGAAAGUUGUUACAUACUUGAAUGAUGAAACGAAACUUCUCCUGUUAAAUAACGCAUGUUAUUCUGGUUCAGAAGAAUGUGCUUUAUAUCUUCUGUGUGAGGGAAUCAAACCUGACAAGGCUACACCAUGGUGGCCAUUGAUUACAAGAGGUGUAUGGGCUGGUAAGGGUGAUGUGGAUAUCCUUAAGAAAGUUGUUAUAUACUUGAAUGAUGAAACGAAACUUCUCCUGUUAAAUAACGCAUGUUAUUCUGGUUCAGAAGAAUGUGCUUUAUAUCUUCUGUGUGAGGGGGUCAAACCUGACGAGGCUACACCAUUAUGGGCAUUGAUUACUAGAGGUGUAAGGGCUGGUAAGGGUGAUGUGGAUAUCCUUAAGAAAGUUGUUACAUACUUAAAUGAUGAAACGAAACUUCUCCUGUUAAAUAACGCAUGUCGUUCUGGUUCAGAAGAAUGUGCUUUAUAUCUUCUGCGUGAGGGAGUCAAACCUGACGAGGACACACCAUGGUGGUCAUUGAUUACAAAAGGUGUAUGGGCUGGUAAGGGUGAUGUGGAUAUCCUUAAGAAAGUUGUUAUAUACUUGAAUGAUGAAACAAAACUUCUCCUGUUAAAUAACGCAUGUCGUUCUGGUUCAGAAGAAUGUGCUUUAUAUCUUCUGUGUGAGGGGGUCAAACCUGACGAGGAAACAUCAUGGUGGCCAUUGAUUACAAGAGGUGUAUGGGAAGGUAAGGGUGAUGUGGAUAUCCUUAAGAAAGUUGUUACAUACUUGAAUGAUGAAACGAAACUUCUCCUGUUAAAUAACGCAUGUCGUUCUGGUUCAGAAGAAUGUGCUUUAUAUCUUCUGCGUGAGGGGGUCAAACCUGACAAGGACACACCAUGGUGGCCAUUGAUUACAAGAGGUGUAUGGGCUGGUAAGGGUGAUGUGGAUAUCCUUAAGAAAGUUGUUAUAUACUUAAAUGAUGAAACGAAACUUCUCCUGUUAAAUAACGCAUGUCGUUCUGGUUCAGAAGAAUGUGCUUUAUAUCUUCUGUGUGAGGGAGUCAAACCUGACGAGGAAACACCAUGGUGGCCAUUGAUUAAAAGAGGUAUGUUGGAUCACAAGGGAGAUGUGAAUAUCCUUAAGAAAGUGUUUAUACACUUGGAUGAAGAGAUGAAACUGACCUUGUUAAAUAAAGCAUGUGAUUCUGGUUCAGAGGAAUGUGCUUUAUAUCUUCUGUGUGAGGGGGUCAAACCUGACGAGGCUACACCAUUAUGGGCAUUGAUUACUAGAGGUGUAUGGGCUGGUAAGGGUGAUGUGGAUAUCCUUAAGAAAUUUGUUACAUACUUAAAUGAUGAAACGAAACUUCUCCUGUUAAAUAACGCAUGUCGUUCUGGUUCAGAAGAAUGUGCUUUAUAUCUUCUGCGUGAGGGAGUCAAACCUGACGAGGACACACCAUGGUGGUCAUUGAUUACAAAAGGUGUAUGGGCUGAUAAGGGUGAUGUGGAUAUCCUUAAGAAAGUUGUUAUAUACUUGAAUGAUGAAACAAAACUUCUCCUGUUAAAUAACGCAUGUCGUUCUGGUUCAGAAGAAUGUGCUUUAUAUCUUCUGUGUGAGGGGGUCAAACCUGACGAGGAAACAUCAUGGUGGCCAUUGAUUACAAGAGGUGUAUGGGAAGGUAAGGGUGAUGUGGAUAUCCUUAAGAAAGUUGUUACAUACUUGAAUGAUGAAACGAAACUUCUCCUGUUAAAUUGCGCAUGUUGGUCUUGUUCAGAGGAAUAUGCUUUUUAUCUUCUGUGUGGGGGAGUCAAACCUGACAAGUCUACACCAUUGUGGUCAUUGAUUGCAAGAGGUGUAUGGAAAGGUAAGGGAGAUGUGGAUAUCCUUAAGAAAGUUGUUACAUACUUAAAUGAUGAAACGAAAUUUCUCCUGUUAAAUGACGCAUGUUGUUCUGGUUCAGAAGAAUGUGCUUCAUAUCUUCUGUGUGAGGGGGUCAAACCUGCGAGGAAACACCAUAGUGGCCAUUGAUUACAAGAGGUGUAUGGGCCGGUAAGGGAGAUGUGGAUAUCCUUAAGAAAGUUGUUAUAUACUUGAAUGAUGAAACGAAACUUCUCCUGUUAAAUAACGCAUGUUAUUCUGGUUCAGAAGAAUGUGCUUUAUAUCUUCUGUGUGAGGGGGUCAAACCUGACAAGGACACACAAUGGUGGCCAUUGAUUACAAGAGGUGUAUGGGCUGGUAAGGGUGAUGUGGAUAUCCUUAAGAAAGUUGUUAUAUACUUGAAUGAUGAAACGAAACUUCUCCUGUUAAAUAACGCAUGCUGUUCUGGUUCAGAAAAAUGUGCUUUAUAUCUUCUGUGUGAGGGAGUCAAACCUGACGAGGAAACACCAUGGUGGCCAUUGAUUACAAGAGGUGUAAGGGCUGGUAAGGGUGAUGUGGAUAUCCUUAAGAAAGUUGUUAUAUACUUGAAUAAUGAAACGAAACUCCUCCUGUUAAAUAACGCAUGUUAUUCUGGUUCAGAAGAAUGUGCUUUAUAUAUUCUGUGUGAGGGGGUCAAAGCUGACAAGGACACACAAUGGUGGCCAUUGAUUACAAGAGGUGUAAGGGCUGGUAAGGGUGAUGUGGAUAUACUUAAGAAAGUUGUUAUAUACUUGAAUGAUGAAACGAAACUUCUGUUAAAUAACGCAUGUCGUUCUGGUUCAGAAGAAUGUGCUUUAUAUCUUCUGCUUGAGGGGGUCAAACCUGACAAGGACACACCAUGGUGGCCAUUGAUUACAAGAGGUGUAUGGGCUGGUAAGGGUGAUGUGGAUAUCCUUAAGAAAGUUGUUAUAUACUUAAAUGAUGAAACGAAACUUCUCCUGUUAAAUAACGCAUGUCGUUCUGGUUCAGAAGAAUGUGCUUUAUAUCUUCUGUGUGAGGGAGUCAAACCUGACGAGGAAACACCAUGGUGGCCAUUGAUUAAAAGAGGUAUGUUGGAUCACAAGGGAGAUGUGAAUAUCCUUAAGAAAGUGUUUAUACACUUGGAUGAAGAGAUGAAACUGACCUUGUUAAAUAAAGCAUGUGAUUCUGGUUCAGAGGAAUGUGCUUUAUAUCUUCUGUUUGAGGGAGUCAAACCUGACGAGUACACACCAUGGUGGCCUUUGAUUAAGAGAGGUAUGUUGGGUCACAAGGGAGAUGUGGAUAUUCUUAAGAAAGUUUUUAUACACUUGGAUGAAGAGAUGAAACUGACCUUGUUGAAAAAAGCAUGUUGGUCUGGUUCA